AUGGCUCGAGAAGAACAUACAUCUAGGUGUAGUAAUAGUAGUAGUGGUGGUGCUGGCGGCGGCAGCAGCGGCGGUGUUGGUAGUAGUAGUCAUAGAUCAUCAAAGAAGUUGAAACAUAAAAAAGUGCCACAAAGAGGUAUGGGUGUGGCUCAACUUGAAAAGAUUAGAUUAGAGCAAGAUCAAAAGAAAGAUGUAAAUGACGUGACACCGAAUUCGGGUAAUUCUUGUACAAAUUUGGCUAGUAUGCAGACAGUCCCUAGUUUUAGGCCUUCUUCAUGUUCAAUCCCAUUGCCACCACCUUUGCCACCUAAUCACCGUUCGUUGUUUUCCAAAACCGACGGUGGUGUAAGUAUCAUAUCUGGCUCUGGCUCUGGCUCGUUUUCAAAGCCAACGACUGGUGGUGGUGGUAGUAAUUGGAGUAGAUUAUUGAGUGAUGGUGAAUAUAGUUUUGAAGGUGAGAAACAGAAUCAAAAGCACAAUCAAAAUCUUGGGGUGGACCAGUACUCUAGAUACACUGCUGCAGCCUAUCCAACAAAUAUUGGUGGCUUGCAUUGUGAAUCCAGCCCGCCCGUUUGGCCUCCUCUCUCCAAUCUAAUGCUGCAAAGAUCUCAAUCAUUGCAGCUACCUUGUUCUUCAUCAUUGGUGAAUGUUCCAGCAGGAACCUCAUCGUCGCCUUCAUCGUCUGCUAUAAAUUUUCAGAUGGAGCCCCCUUCAAACCAAAGCUAUGAUAGCAACAAUUACCAACCAUUGUGGCCAGAGGAAGAGAAGAUGGUUGGCAUGAAGAGGCCAUACCCCUUUUCAUUAGAACAUGUGCCAAUUCCGUCAUUUAACUGCAAAUUUCCUUCUACGUUUGUCUCUCCCAUAUCAAGGUUAGACGAAUCAGCUUCUUGUAGCAACGGAAGCACAACUAGCAUAGAACCUGCAUAUCCAACUUUCAGAGAAAAUCCUUCAAGCUCAGUUGUCAUUCCUAAUACAAUAACGAAAAAGUCCAUCGAUGAAAACCAACUUCUGACCCGAGAUUUCCUCAAGUUAGGCCCUCCUCAAGCAUCUCAAUUGAAUUCGAGUUCAAACGAAAAAUUGCAAAUUUCACCUUGUAUAACAGAACAGGCCCAUUUUGAAAUGCUACCCACCCAUAAUGGCCAAUCAAAAGAUGCACACCAUUUGUCUGGAAUAGGUGGGUCAAACCCACAGCCAUAUCUUAGUUUCUUUCCAGCUGCAAGAGCACCUAUCAGGCAGCCAGGAAGCAGCAGCGGUGAUGCAGGGGAAAGUGUUGAUCUAAAUUUAAAGCUAUAAUAGGUUUUUUUUUUUUAUUACUUGAUGUGUUCUUUUAUUUAUGUUGGCAAGGUAGCUCUUUUUUAAUUGAUCUUGCUAGAAAUGUGACCAUGAAAGAAAAA